UUCCUCCCCUCCUCGUGCGGUCACAUGUCAACACACGUCACGCAUCUUUGUAGUUGACUGUGUCUCCGCCAUUUUGGGUUCGGCUGUCGACCGGAGCUAGCGUUGUGUGUGUGUGUGUGUGUGUGUGUGUGGUGUUGUACCAUUAUCAGCAAAAACAACACAACACACAAAGAAACCAAACGGGACGAACGUUGAGACGACAGCCGCCGUUAACUAUGGGCCCGCCGGCAGACAGAACACUCCACAUGUCGACUGAGAGAACGGAGGACUUCAGCUGGAUUGUCGAUUUAUCUUGACAUGGCAUGCAGCGGCGCGAGUCGGAGGCUGUGACGACUGAAGGAGACAAGAAGAGGAAAGAAAACAAACUUCAGGCGUUGACAAAGGGGGGGGAUUGUGUUUGUUUAGCUGACGUUUAUUCACGCUAUUGAUUCUUCAAGUUGUUGACAAGACACGACUGAGAUUACAGCUUAAACAUGCUGAGCAAAAGCAGAACCAGUUAGUUUCUCUGCCGCAGGUCUCGCGACUCUCACAGCACCCUGGCAGUCUCAUUGAACCAAGAGAGAAGAUGUAAACAGGUAGAAAGAUGACUGUACGCUAGCUAUAGCUCACCACACACACAUAGGCCUCAAUUAAGCCAAUCAGUCAGAAGAUAAGAUGUAGCUAUAUCGUCGGUUCACUACUAGUUAGUGUUGGAAAAGUGAAUGCCUAGAUUACUAGCUCACCUUAGCUAGUGUGCUAAAAAUACGCCCACAUCAUGACUAUCGGUGGCAGCAGCAGCAGCACAGCAGGCCGUGAGAGGCAGUCAAACUAAAAGUCAAGGAAAUGUCAAGGUGGUACUUUCGCAGUAGUCUUCGAUGUUGUUACCUGGUUGCCAAUAUCUCCUGGCAUCUGUAUUUACUACCUGCCAUGUUCGUCUGUAUCCCCAACCCGCCUGUAACACGCACAUAACGCUGUCUCUAACAGAGAAACCAACACAUAGCAAUGGAUGAGGGACUUUGAAAUGACCCAAGUAAUAGAAUAUUUGUCUGCUUGCUAGUCCUCUGUAGUCCUCAAUUUCACUAGCAAAAAAAAAAUAUAUUGUCAGUAUGGGUUUGUGUUUAUUUCAGUAACACUCUCAGAUGAGUCAAAUUUGAGUUGCUCUUUCAUUUAAAUCUCUGUUGUGAAUCCCUUUGUCAAUGGCAGGUUGAAAAACAAAAAGCUCCAUUUGGCUUAAAAGUCAUGUCUUAAAUGAUGGAUUUCAAGUAAUAAGGAGAUGUAGUCUUAGCUUGUUGACCAUUCCCCUCCUCAACACUGCCCUUUUACAAAAAAAAAAAUUAAAAUGACUUAGUUUUGUUUCUGAUUUGUUGACCUUCUCAGUUGGUAGUUAGUGGGGUGUUUUUACAGAUCUAGCCUAUAGAGUUGUUUGAUGCGUUGUUUCUGCAAAGGGUAGCUAGCUCCAUCCUUUAUCCAACGUAUAAAUACAAAAAAGUAGUAGAGAGUGUAGCCAAAAAAUAUUCUGCACAAGAGGAAGAAGACACUACCAUCAAAAAAUCUAACCAUGGGGGACCCAACUUCACGAAGAAAUCAAACAAGAAAUCGACUACGAGCUCAACUUCGGAAGAAAAGGGAAUCUUUGGCUGAUCAGUUUGACUUCAAGAUUUAUAUAGCCUUCGUUUUCAAAGAAAAGAAGAAGAAGUCUGCACUUUUUGAGGUAGCUGAAGUGGUGCCCGUGAUGACCAACAACUAUGAAGAAAACAUCCUACGAGGUGUGCGAGAUUCCAGCUACUCUCUCGAGAGUUCGAUAGAACUCCUGCAAAAAGAUGUUGUGCAACUGCACGCGCCCCGAUACCAGUCAAUGCGAAGGGAUGUGAUAGGCUGCACACAGGAGAUGGACUUCAUCCUUUGGCCACGCAACGAUAUUGAGAAGAUUGUCUGUCUGCUGUUCUCCAGAUGGAAGGGGGCUGAUGAUGAACCCUUUAGGCCUGUUCAGGCCAAGUUUGAAUUUCAUCAUGGAGACUACGAGAAGCAGUUCUUGCAUGCUUUGGGUCGUAAAGACAAGGCUGGAAUGGUCAUGAACAACCCAACUCAGUCUGUAUUUCUCUUCAUGGAUAAACAGCACUUACAGACUCCUAAAACCAAGGCCACAGUGUUCAAGUUGUGCAGCCUCUGCCUGUAUUUGCCCCAGGACCAGCUGACCUGCUGGGGUGUGGGAGACAUCGAGGAUCACCUCCGCCCAUACAUGCCUGACUAAGGCUUCCUGCAUCACCCAGCCACAUAGGGAAAAGCCCUUCCCCUCCCUCCUGCCUAAGCCUUCAGAAGCAAAUUGAUGUACUCAUCUCCACCCGUUUCCUUUUAAAAGAUUUGAACUUGUGCUUGGAUCUCUCCUUUUUUGUUACCUACUCGUUCUCCCCUCCCUGACCUGAAGCUGAUUCAGUUCCCAUCCUUGUUUUUUCCCCUCACACUCCCAAUGUUCCUCCUCUUCUCUCUGCCAUUUUUGGAUUGGUUCCCCCCUUUUUUUCUUUUACUCCCUCUUCAUUCCCUCCUACUCACUCAUCCAUUUUUGUUCAUUUGAACCUGCACGAACAUUGAUUUUGAGUGGUUGGUUGUUCUCUUGGAGCCGCACUGUCAACAGCACCGGUCAUUGAAGGAACUCUUUAUGUUGCAUCAAAACAGGAACAAACAAUACACAGGUCUUCACGGUGGUUCUCAGAUGGACGUGUUUUAUAUCCUUGUUGUCAUAAGAAAGGAUUGUUAAAGCUUGUUUGUAAUGUCAAUGGGGUUUCUAGAACAACUUGACACAAUCUUUUGACCAAGGACAGGUGUGAAUAGGUGUUAAAACACCUGCAUAAGCAAAGAAAACAAGAUGAACAAUAUUUGUCAAAUCAUAUGGUGUAGGUAUUGCUUCUUAAAAACCGCCUUAGUUUUUUUGCUGGACUUUUAAAAAAUGUUUUGAUGUCAUUUGCUUUCCUCUGAAACAUGCUAGGCAGGCCUUUGCUAAAAUCUUUGAGUGACUUGAAAGGCAUUGUACACAAAGUUGAGACAUGUUGGUUAGAUGUUGAAGGUCAUUGUCACAGUUCAAGCCGUUCAUGCACCAUUCAUUUAAGCUACUGAAAUCUGAUGUUUUAUGUUUUGUUUUAUUUGGGAUGUGGGUUGGUGAGAAACUGAAAUGGUGACAUACUUAAUGUUUAACUUGCCUAACAAAAGUUGCUGAAAGCUAACUGAUUUGUGUUUAAUUUGACCUACUAAAAUGAGGAUAAUUUGCUGCCAUGCUCAUCAAAUUAAAAUUGGGUUUUGCAGGCUUGCUUGUCAAAGAAUAUGAAGUACAUAGUACAUAUAAUUUUGCUCCUUGUUGAUUCAGUGUGUUCAGUUGAAAGAGUUUAAGGCGUGUAACUUCUGGGUUUUUUUUCUGUUGAUUCUCAAAUCAAUACUGCUGAGCAUAUCCCAAUACAAUGCAAAUUCUGAAAGCA